AUGGCUGCGAUAGACGUUGAGCCUAUGCCUAUAAAAGUGGAGACUGCAAUGCGUACGUUAAAGUUGUCGGGGCAUGUCGGUUUCGACAGCCUGCCUGACCAACUCGUAAACAAGAGUGUGCAGAAUGGAUUUGUGUUCAACAUUCUAUGUAUUGGUGAAACUGGCUUAGGCAAAUCUACACUUAUGGACUCUUUGUUUAACACCAAUUUCGAGUCUUCUCCUAGUCCACACAACCUGCCAACUGUUAAAUUGAAAGCACAUACCUAUGAACUGCAGGAAAGCAGUGUACGGCUUAAGUUGACACUCUGCGACACUGUGGGAUAUGGUGACCAGGUCAAUAAGGACGAUAGUUUCAAAGCCGUAGUGGACUACAUUGAUGCACAGUUUGAGGCGUAUUUGCAAGAGGAGCUUAAAAUAAAGCGCUCCCUGCCGACCUACCAUGAUAGCCGCUUGCAUGUUUGUCUUUACUUCAUUUGUCCGACUGGACAUGGUCUCAAAUCGAUUGAUCUUGUUUGUAUGAAGAAAUUGGACACUAAAGUGAAUAUUAUUCCCAUCAUUGCGAAGGCCGAUACCAUCUCUAAGACUGAACUGCAGAAGUUUAAGUCCAAAAUUAUGCAAGAACUCCAAUCAAACGGUGUGGAAAUAUACCAGUUUCCAACAGAUGACGAAUCUGUCUCCGAAGUGAACACCUCAAUGAACAGUCAUAUUCCAUUUGCUGUGGUUGGCAGUACUGAUUUUGUCAAAAUUGGGAAUAAGACUGUGAGAGCCAGGCAGUAUCCUUGGGGGACUGUGCAAGUUGAAAAUGAGUCCCAUUGCGACUUUGUGAAGCUGCGUGAGAUGUUAAUUCGUACCAACAUGGAGGAUAUGCGAGAGAAGACUCACGCGCGCCACUACGAGUUGUAUCGUCGUCGAAGACUCGCUCAAAUGGGAUUUAGCGACGUUGACGCUCACAACAAACCGGUUUCUUUUCAACAAACAUUUGAGCAGAAGCGAUCAGCUCAUCUGGCUGAGUUGCAGCUGAAAGAAGAUGAGAUGCGUCAGAUGUUUGUUCAACGCGUUAAGGAGAAGGAGGCUGAACUUAAGGAAGCUGAAAAAGAGCUCCAUGCGAAAUUCGACAAGCUAAAGAAAGACCAUACAGAAGAGAAGAAGCGUCUCGAAGAGCUUCGUAAGAAGAUAGAAGAUGACACAAUUGAAUUCAACCGUCGCAAACAACAGACCCAACACUCACACCACACUCUUACUCUUGGCAAGAGCAAGAAGAAGUGA